AUUUUUUUUUUUUUUUUUUUUUAAGAAAGAGAAGGAGAGAGUGUGCGCGAUCUGGGGAGGGGCAGAGACAGAAUCCCAAGCAGGUUCUGUGCUGUCAGCACAGAGCCCGACACAGGGCUUGAACUCACAAACUGUGGGAUCAUGACCGGAGCUGAAAUCAAGAGUCGGCUGCCUAACCAACUGAGCCACCCAGGCGCCCUGAUAUAUUUUUUAGUAAUCUUUACCCCCCAACAUGGGGCUCAGACUCAGCACCCUGAGACCAGGAGUCGCAAACCCUUCCCACUGAGCCAGCCGGGCAUCCCUCUAAGUAAGGUUCUUAAUGGCCCUGGAGUCCUUGCAUGGGCAUCAGUUCUGUGAACUGUGCUGAAAUUGAAUGUAAGCUUUUGUGCCUAUGGGGUUUUUUUCUGUGGAAAAGCUCUGUGUUUUCAUUUGAUUGUAGAGACUGAACUACCCCUACCCCAUUCUUCCCCCUGCCCCCUAAAAAAAACUCCUGAAAGAGGCACUGCUUUCAAGACUCAUGUCAAGAAGUAGAUGUAAUCUGAUUUUCCUCCUAAGGGCCUGUCUCUCCUCUUUCUUUGAGGAUUAUAGGUGUGGUUUUCUCAUGUUCAUCUCUUGCCAGCUGUUUUGGAUAUACUGCCUUCAUUUAUGCUCCUUUCCAUUGUCUGUAGUGCUGCCUUUGUGGUCUUUCUGGAAUACAAAUAUGUAAUAAAACUUCCUUGUUUUAUAAGAGGGACAGAGAAGAAGGUGACUGCCACAAACAAACAUUUGCAAUAAAACCGUGGCCAUGGGCACACAUUUACAGUACCUACACAAUGUGAUCAAUCCUCUAUUUGGACCAUGUGAAAAAUGUCUUGGCAAGAAUGAGCACCUUAAUCUGCUUGUGGGUUGGGGCAUGUCAGAGUGGGAGUGACACACACCUCAAGAAAAAAUAGUAGGUAAGCUGAGACUUUUAAGUUCGAGUGAAUGGUUUCAGCUAGACCGGGCUUUAUGAACCUUGGCAUUGACAGAUCAUCCUUUGUUGGGGGGUCUGUGUUAUGCAUUGUAAGAUGUUUAGUAGCAUCUUGGGCUUCUACCUACUGGAUACCAGUAGAAUCCCUUCCCUUCAGUUUUAACAACCAGAAAUGUUUUCAGAGAUUGCCAAGUGUCCCUGGGAGAGGGGAGCAAAAUUGGCCCGGUUGAAAACCACUGAACUAGAAUAAAGAGCUCUGUAAUAGAGUGGAGCUUAAAGAAAGGCACAUUUGGGGGUGCCUGGGUGGCUCAGUUGGUUGAGCGUCCGACUUUGGCUCAGGUCAUAAUCUCACGGCUCGUGAGUUCGAGCCCCGCGUCAGGCUCUGCGCUGACAGCUCGGAGCCUGGAGCCUGCUUCAUAUUCUGGGUCUCCCUCUCUCUCUCUCUCUCUCUCUCUGCCCUGUCCCACUUGUGCUGUCUCUCUCUGUCUCUCAAAAAUAAAUAAAAUAAACAUUAAAAAAAAAUUUUUUUUUUAAAAAGAAAGCCACAUUUGGAAAAGGUAUGUGAAGGUGAGCUUAUAGUAGAUAAAGGUAAGCAGGUUUACAUACCAUAAAGGACAUUGCAUAUCAUGCUGAAGAGGUGGGUUCCCUUUCAAAAGAUUUUAAAGUGAUGAGUUAUAUUACAUAUUUAUUAAAAGUCUUUCUAGAAAGGUGUUAAUUUUAUAGGGUAACAUAUUAUAACAAAGUAGCACAAGCUGGGUGGCUUAGCACAGCAGAAAUUUAUUCUUUCGUAGUUAUGGAGGCUAAAAGUCCAAAGUCAAGAUGUUGGCAGGGGUGCCUGGGGGCACUAAAUUGGUUAAAUGUCUGACUUUGGCUCAGGUCAUGAUUUCAUGGUUCAUGGGUUCAAGCCCCACAUUGGGCUCUCUGCUGUCAGAGCAGAGCCUGCUUCGGAUCCUCUGUCCCCUCCCCUCUCUGUCCCUUCCCCACUUGUGCCCUCUCUUUCAAAAAUAAAAUAAACAGAAAAAAAAAAAACAAACUUAAAAAAAAAAAAAGAUGUUGGCAGAGCCACGUUCACCGACUUUCUGCUUGUUAAAGGCAUUCCUUGGCUUGUGGCUGCAUAACUCCUUACCUCUGCGUCUGUGGUCUCACAGCUCUCUUCUUUGUCUGUGUCUUCACAUGGCUCUCUCUUUGUAUAUCUCAGUCUCUGUGUCUCUUACUUUCCUAAAAGAACACCAGUCAUGUUGUAUUAAGGGCUUACUCUACUCCAGUAUAACCUUAACUUAAUUACAUCUGCAAAGACCCUAUUUCCAAAUAAGGUCGCAUUCACAGGUAUCAGAGGUUAGGACCUCAGCAUGUCUUUUGGGAGGACACAGUUCAACCCACAACAGGCAGCUGUGGACAACAUGAAUGAGAGAAAAGAAUAGCCAAAGGCAGGAAGACCACUUAACCACUGCAAGUACAGGCAAGAAGUGAUGUCUGUUACCAAAGCUAAAGGCCAUAGACAUACCCACAAAGAAAUAGGACCCUUUAAUAAAGUCUUUAGAUCUGUAGGUUUUGUAUCUAAAUCUUGCUCUUAAACAAAGACAGAUACCUUCCGUGUUAGAUAUUAUAAAUAAUAGCCCUUGAAUGAUCUUUGAUUCUAUCAAUAAAGUAAAAGAUACAGAUCUUUACUUAUAGAGAACAUACAAUUAAGUUAGGAAGUCAAAACUCCUUUGCAACUAAUAAUACGUAACUGUAGGAAAAUUACUCAUUUAAAGUGAGCUCUACACCCAACGUGGCACUUGAACUCAUGACUCUGAGAUCAAGGGUUGUAUGCUCUUCUGCCUGAGGCAGCCAGGUGCUCCAAGAAAAGAUUUUAAAGGAGAAAAUAUUCUGUCAAUUCCUUUAAGAAUAGGUAUUUGGGGCAUUAAUGAAAGAAAUUGGAGAAGACUUAAAUGGAGAGAUAGAGUGUGUUUAUAGAAUGGAUAUUAAAAUGUCAGUGAGCUGUAUAGAUCCAGCACAAAUCCAGUUCCGGGAGAGAGGGUUGGUAGGAAUUUAUAUCAAAAGACCAUGGAAUUAGAAAAAACAGAGGCUCCUGGGUGGCUGAGUGGGUUAAGCGUCUGACUCUUGGUUUUGGCUCAGCUCAUGAUCUCACAGUUUGGUGGGUUCGAGCCCUGCAUCAAGCUCUCUGCUGACAGUGUGGAGCCUGCUUGGGAUUCUCUCUCCCUCUCUCUCUGCCCCAACCCCACUCACACUGUCUCUGUCUCUCUCAAAAUAAAUAAACUUAAAGUCAAAACAAUUUUGAAAAUAUUGCAACAAAGUUGCAGGACUCUUAAUAUUUGGUUUUAAUAUUUUAAAGCCGCAAUAAUCAAGACAAUUUUGUUUGGGGAAAAGGGUAAACAUAUAGGUCAAUGGACCAGAAUAGAGAUUACAGAAAUAAUAACACACAUACGUGGUCCAUUGAUUUUUGACAAAGAUGUAAAGAUAAUUCAGUCGGUAAAGGGGUAAUCUUUUUGAAGGUGCUGGAACAAUUUGGUAGCUGUGUUCCAAAAAGUUAAACUCCAUCCACAACUCAAAUUCUGUACAAAAAAUUAACUCAAAAUUUGGGAUGCCUGGCCGGCUCAGUAGGUGGAGUGUGUGAUUCUUGAUCUCGGGGUCAUGAUUUUGAGCCCCAUGUUGGGUGCGGAGAUUACUUAAAAAAAUUAACUCAAGAUGGAUCAUAGACCUAUGGUAAAACCUAAAACUAUAGAAGUUUUAGAAGAAAACAGGAGAAAAUCUUUGCGACUGUGAGUUCAGCAAAAAUUUCUUAGGUAUGACACCAAAAGCACAAUCCCUAAAAGAAAAAAAAUGACAAAUUAGACUUCAGAAAAGUUAUGGAUUUGUGUUCUUGGAAAGGCACUGUUAAAGGAAUGAAGAGGAGGAAAUACUUGCACAUCAUAUAUAUCAUAAUGGUCUCGUGUCCAAGAUAUGUAAGGAAUUCUCAAAACUCAAUAAUAAAGAAGUUUAUUUUUAAAACAGGCAAAAGUUUUGAGCAGAUAACUUCACCAGAGAAGAUAAUAUGGGUGGUAGACAAACAGGUGAAAGGAUGCUCUACAGAAGUAGAAGGAAGAUGCAGAUUUAGACCGUAGUGAAUAGGCAUCUAUCUGGGUGGCUCAGUCAGUUGAGCAACCAACUUCAGCUCAGGUCAUCAUCUCGUGGUUCGUGGGUUCGAGCCCCACAUCAGGCUCUGUGCUAACAGCUCAGAACCUGGAGCCUGCUUCAGAAUCUGUGGUGUGUGCUCGCUCUCUCUCAAAAAUAAACAUUAAAAAAAAAAAAAAAAAGACCAUAGUGAGAUAUCAGGGAGUGGUUAAAAAAUUAAUUAAUUAAUUAAACCAUAAUGAGAUACCAUUACAUACUUGUUAGAAUAUCUAAGAUUAAAAAUAAAACCAUAUCAAAUGCUGCUUGUUAGGAUAGAGAGAACCAGUUCUCACAUAUAGCCAGUGGAAUGCAAAGUGUUAUAGGCACUUUAGAAAACAGUUUUGGACUCUGCUGUCAGCAUGGAGCCUGCUUUGGAUCCUCUGUCCUCCCCUCUCUCCCCACCCCUCCCCUGCUCAUGCUCUCUCAAAAAUAAAUAAACAUUAAAAAAAAAAAAGUUUUACAGUUUUUUAUAAAGUUAUACAUAGACCUGCCAUGUGAUGCAUCAGUUUUACUUUAGAUAUUUACCCAAGUGAAAUGAGAACAUGUUUACACAAAACCUCAAAUGCAAAUGUUCAUCGUGCCUUUAUUUGUAAUCGUCAAAUACUGAAAAUGAGUUGAGAUACUCUCAACUAGGGAACAGAUAAACAUACAUCUCCAUAAGGAAUAAACUACUGGUACACACGACGUUGAUGACCUCAUAUGUAUUAUGCCAAGUGGAAGGUGCCAGACUCAGAAGGAUACCUACUGUAUGAUUCUAUUUAUAAAACAUUCUGGAGGUUGUUAGUGUGUGUAGAUGGGCAUUUAGGUUCCUGGAAAGGUAGCAACCAGUGCUCCAAGGAGUUGUAGAGUGAGAUAAGGUCCACGGGAGAAGUAGUUAGCUUUGACAUAGGAGGGAAGAUGGAGAGCACAGAAGGAUAAUGGACAUUAGGUGGAGAAGACUUUGGUGUUAGGAAUUCUGGACAAUAGCUUGAGCUAGAUUAUGUAGAAGUGUAUGUCUGUUGGGGUGCCUGGGUGGUUCAGUCCUUAAGUUCAGGUCAUGAUCUCAUAGUUUGAGUGCCACAUUGGGUGAGCUUGAGCCCUGCUUCAGGUGAGCUUGAGCCCCACUUUGGAUGAGCCCCGCUUCUCUUCCUUCCUCCCUCCCUCUCUCUCUCUCUCCCCCCCCCCACUCCUCUCUCUCUGUCAAGAAAGAAAGAAGGAAGGAAAGAAGGGAAAGAAAGGAAGAAAAAAGAAGGAAAGAAAGAAAGGUCUGUUGAACACAAGGGAUAGGUUGAGAGUUGAAGUGUGUAGAAACAGUAUAGCUAGAGUUGCAAAUACGGAAGGUUAAAUCAGCAUCAGUGAAGACCAGCUGAGGUUAAAUGCAGACCUUCAAUUAGACCCAGUCUACAUGGUUUCCUAACUUUGUUUUGCCAUAUUCCCCAUCCCCAAGGAGAGGAAGCAGAAGGAAGGGAAUAUUCCCCAGAUGGAUUUGGCAUGGCAGAAAGCUAAGGAGGUAAGGCGUUACUUCUGGAACAGUGGAGAGGAUCACUUAAAUGACCAAGCCAUGAAGUCUGUGUUGUGGUAGGAACUUGUUAAGCUGUCUUAGUAAAUUACUAUGACCUUUGAUUUGCUUUAAUAUUGUUUGACGAUUUCUCUUCUCCAAGAAUUGCCCUUAGAAAAGAGGCCCUUGGAAGGUUCUUCUUAAGAAGAUAGAGAAGGUAGUGGAAACGAGCCUCCUGAGUUUUUCCAGCCCUAAAUGGCAGCAGAAUCAAGAAAGUUGUCAGCCUCAUCCCCACCAGACCACUCUCCUGAAGAAGACCUUGUAAUUGUCAAGGUAGAGGAAGAUCAUGGCUGGGACCAGGAAUCUAGUCUGCAUGAAAAUAACCCUCCUGGCCAGGAGUCAUUCCGUCUGCGCUUCAGGAAGUUAUGCUACCGGGAGACAUUAGGACCCCGAGAAGCUCUGAUCCAACUCCGCGCACUCUGCCAUCAGUGGCUAAGGCCAGAUUUGAACACCAAGGAGCAGAUCUUGGAGUUAUUAGUGCUAGAACAGUUCUUGACCAUCCUGCCUGAGGAGCUUCAGACUCUGGUUAAGGAACAUCAGCUAGAGAACGGAGAGGAGGUGGUGACCCUGCUGGAGGAUUUAGAAAGACAGAUUGAUAUAUUAGGACGGCCAGUCCCAGCCCGUGCACAUGGACAUGGACUCUGGGAGGAGGUCGUACAUUCAGAGUCUACGCCAGGGCUUCCAAAUACUCAGCUCCGACCCAUGGCAAUGCAGCACAAAUCUCCGGUGUCCCAAGGGUCACAAGAGAAAGCCAUCUCUACCUGUGAGAGUCCUGCCUCUUCCCAGAAAGGAAGUCCUGGGAGCCAGCAGAUGACGGCCACGCUUCUCACAGCAGGGCUGCAGACUUUGGAGAAGAUCGAAGACAUGGCUGUGUCCCUAAUUCGAGAGGAGUGGCUUCUUGAUCCAUCACAGAAGGAUCUGCAUAGAGAUGACAGGCCAGAAGAUUACAGAAACAUGUUCUCCCUGGGUGGUGAGACCAGGAGUGAGAACAGGGAAUUAGCUUCGAAACAGGUAAUAUCUACUGGAAUCCAACCACAUGGAGAGACAGCUGCCAAAUGCAACGGGGAUGUUAUCGGGGGUCAUGAGCGUGGAGAAGCCCGAGAUCUUCUGGGCAGAUUAGAGAGGCAGCGGGGAAAUCCCACCCAGGAGAGACGGCAUAAAUGUGACGAAUGUGGGAAGAGCUUUGCCCAGAGCUCAGGCCUUGUUCGCCACUGGAGAAUCCACACUGGGGAGAAACCCUAUCAAUGUAACGUGUGUGGGAAAGCCUUCAGUUAUAGGUCAGCCCUUCUUUCCCAUCAGGAUAUCCACAACAAAGUAAAACGCUAUCACUGUAAGGAGUGUGGUAAAGCCUUCAGUCAAAACACGGGCCUGAUCCUGCACCAGAGAAUUCAUACUGGGGAGAAGCCCUAUCAGUGCAAUCAGUGUGGGAAGGCUUUCAGUCAGAGUGCAGGCCUCAUUCUGCACCAGAGAAUCCACAGUGGGGAGAGACCCUAUGAAUGUAAUGAGUGUGGGAAAGCUUUCAGUCAUAGCUCUCACCUCAUUGGACAUCAGAGAAUCCACACAGGAGAGAAGCCCUAUGAGUGUGAGGAGUGUGGGAAAACCUUCAGGCGGAGCUCACACCUCAUUGGCCAUCAGAGAAGCCACACUGGGGAGAAACCCUACAAAUGCAAUGAGUGUGGGAGGGCCUUCAGUCAGAAGUCAGGCCUGAUUGAACAUCAGAGAAUCCACACUGGAGAAAGACCCUAUAAAUGUAAAGAAUGUGGGAAAGCCUUCAAUGGGAACACUGGCCUCAUACAGCAUCUGAGAAUUCACACAGGGGAGAAGCCCUAUCAAUGUCAUGAGUGUGGGAAGGCCUUUAUUCAGAGGUCAAGUCUCAUUCGGCAUCAGAGAAUCCACAGUGGAGAAAAAUCUGAAUCCGCAGGAGUUUAGGGAAAAAACUACAGUCCUAGUGUGGGCAUUAUUCAGAAUUAGAGAAUCCACGUGCUGGUGAGAGGUCUUUCAGUGCAAGCGAAAAGCCAGAAACUUUGUCAUCACUACAACCUUAACGUGGGAUCAGAAUCGAUAGCGGUGGCAGAGUUUGAAUAGCUCUUCGGUAGUUUGGGCCGGUUCCUUGAUGCAGGUGGAUCAGCUUGACUGUCUUAGGAGGGGUCUGCUGGAGUGGAGCUCCUGCUGGCCUGAUGCAUCCUUUAGAAACACAGUAGCAUCUGAGCAAGUGGCUGCUGGUGGAGGCGCUUAAUUCUGUCUUGCGGGUGGGUAGCUGUAGGUGUGAGAGGCUCCUCCCGGUUCCUCUGCUUCUUCCCAUCUCCCGUGAUCUCCUCCCCCCACUGAUUCCCCGGCAGGCGCACUUGUUAUCCCGAUCUGAUCCGAGAAGCUACUUUAGAGUUUGAAGCAGCCUCCCUGUGAGACUUGUAUUUGUACUUAGCUUUCUAAGAACCUAGUUCUAGGGAAAUUUUUACAGACACGUAACGUAUUUAUGCUUAAGUGUGCGUGUUCUUUUAUCCCAACGUUCCUGAUAGUGGAAAACCGUAUUCCCACGCAAACUCAGAAUGCUAUAUUUUUAACAGCACUCCAGCAUUUUUCUUCAUAUAUCACCUUCACUGACUCCUCUGAGUCACUGAGCAUCCAUACGUGUCCUCCACCACCCCCACCCCCAGCACCUGUGUCAGCAAAAGAAGUGAUGUUUGUGGGAGCGAAGCAGAGAAGGAGGUGAGUGGAGACCCAGCCUGGCUGCUCUCGAGCUUGGGUGGUUGUACCUUUGGAUGACUUCCGGCUCUCUUUUCCACCUUCCCACUGUAUGCCGUGGUGCACAGAGGUGUGGACGCUGUUCCAGUUAUAGCAUCGUGUGGGCGAAAGGGGAGACAGGUGCUUGAAGACUCAAAAUCCUUACAGAGAACGUGCGCUCAUCCCUUCUGGCCCAUUACAGUCCUGCCCUCUCAGGUUCCCGUCAGUCUGCACAAACCCCUGACUGGAUGGUCUGUCACUGCUGUCAUUGCCUUCGUCCCCCUUCCUCAGAUGGCCUUAGCACCUCACCCUUCAUUCUCCAUCUGUCUCUUGCCAUUAGCUUUAUAAAUGCACAGCGGUGAUCUGUCGAAUACCUCACCCCACAGUUCCUCACUGUUCUGAAUUCAUCUGUAAGCUAGCGGAAACACAAUAUUAACUCAUUACCGGGCACCGUCUUUCUCCUUUGAGGCUUUCCAUAUACCAGGGGCUAUUGUAUAAAGUAACAAGGCUGUUUUAAGCAGCACACCAGAACCUGUGCAUCCGAACACGGUCUGCCCUUUCAAUUUGGCGGUCCGGGUUGUUGCUGUAGCGCUACCACUCCUCCCAACAUUUGGAAGACUUCUAGUCUUGAAUAGUAUCUCGUUUUGGACCAUUACCCACUUGUUCACCAGACUUGGAGUUGAGUCAUUUUUGGCUUUUUUUCCAAAGUCAGCUUCAAAAUGGGAAUUGAUUCCAUUAAUCCUAUGCCGAGGAAUAUGCUACACAUUCUGAAGAAAACGCCAGGAGAAUUGACACAACUUCACGCUGACUGUUCUGAACAGGGACAGCACUUACUAAUCAUGUUAUUUUAAGAUUGGUGUUUUUAAAAACCAGUCGUAAAAUCUUUCAUUGUAAAGGUCCAACUUUUAUAUCAUAAAUUCCUUCCCUAUAAAAUCCCUUCUGUAUCCCGCUAUGGCCCACCCUGACCACUGACAACAUCAAGGUUGUUCUACCUAUUUCAUUGAGCCAUUGAUACCCACCUGUCACAGGUCAUGCUUGGUUUCCUUGGUUUCCUUGGUUAACUGUUUCUAUUUUCUUUUUUUUUUUUUUUUUUUAAGUUUAUUUAUUUUGAGAGAGAAUCCCAAGCAGGCCCAGCACUGCCAAUGCAGAGCCCAAUGCAGGGCUUGAACUCCUGAACUGUGAGAUUAUGACCUGAGCUGAAAUCAGAAGUCAGACAAUUAGCUGACUGAGCCACCCAGGCACCCCUCCUUGGUUAACUUUUUCAAAAUAGUGCUUUCCAUUAUCCUUUAUUUUCUUACUCUUUUUUUUUUUUUUUUUUUUUUGGACUAUAGAUUCCCUUGCACUUGAAGGGAAUUCCAUUCCUCAUUCUCUUGUACUUGAAAUUUCAAGACACCAGGAGUAAAUCUGGUCUCUAGAUCCUUGUUCUCUGCGUACCCUCUGUAAGACACGAACUCUGCCUGAGGCCAGUGCUGCCCACAUGCGGGUCUUACGGGAUGGAGUCACUGUCCGAGGGAAGAUACGUGCACACGUGCACGGUCUCCCAGGCGGUUGAGGGGAGCACUUGUCCGGUGAGGGCUCUUAGAGUAACGUGUUGAAAUGACUGUAGGCACACCAGCUAACAUCUCUUUACUACAGUAAUGUGUAGCCAUGCUAUGCACUAAAUCCAUAAUUACUAAGCAUCUGGCCGAAUUCAGAGGAAAGAUGUGCCCUGAAAGAUCAGUGUUCUGGAAAGAAUAAGGACAGACUGGGACCUGAAGGAACUAUUGAAGCUGGUUCAGCCGCAUCCAGAAAUAGCCACAUGGUGUAAGAAGGUAGAAAAGGCUGUUGUUUAUUUGGGGCACACAUAGAAGGCCAUCCUUGGUCUCUGCUAAUCACUGCACCAGAGUGUGGUUGCUCCAUCUUUAUGACCUUGUUGUGAGCUCUUAACUGAGUGAUGUGUGCUGCUAAAUUCCUUUAUAUCCUGCAGAUUCUAUUUUUAUGCUCUUGAUCUGAAAUGAACUGUUCACCAAUACCUUCUCCCAUCAUGAUCUUCUCAUUUUAGGACCUGGCAUGGUAAAGUGGUUCUUCUGUCACUCUGCUGCCAUCCAGCAUAGUCCUAGGAGAGGCGUCUCAGGCUUCAAAGGUUUACUCCAUUGAGCAAGUGGCAGUGCUAGAAUGUGGUGGAUGAUUGCCAUACACAGCAGUUAGCUUUACUCUUGGUUCUGAGACUCGAAAUAGUAAUAGCUGACAUUUAUUAAGUACGUACUGUGUGCCAAGCUCUAUGCUAAGUGUUUCUCAUGGUUACGACACACAUUAUAUCUUGCAUUUUAUAGAUGAGGAAAUAAGCUUAGAGAAGUGAGUGAGUUGACCAAGGUCAUGUAGCUGGGAAAUGACAGAGCAGGGGCUCUGCCCAACAGUGUCAGAUUCUGGAGCCUGUGCUGCUGACCACUGUGCUGUAUUGUCUCUAAUGAGCACACCGGCCCUGGCCAGCCAUUGGAAAAUCCAGUGUCCCUGGCCAUUGGAUAGGUAGCUACUGGGGAAGGGAAUGCAUAGUGGUACAGCACUGUGUAGUGCAGUUGAUUGAAAAUGUCAUUUUGAUUGAUGAUUCUAUCUUUAAAUGCUGAUACUUUUGAUGCUUUGUAGUAUUAGAAAGCUAAAUUGUACAAGUAAAGCAUGUUUAAAAGAGUAACUGGCAGGAUAAAGCAAUAAGGUACAGAUUCGAGUACAUUUCUCUAAACUGCCCCAAGGAAGUAGAAUUGUGGGGGGAAAUGAAAUACCCAUGCGCCCAGCCAGGCAUAUGGUCCGUUGGGAUGACAGUAGUUAAGUUUACCUACAGCGUAAAAUGUGGAAAACCUUCAACUUCACUGCCCAUAUCCAGCUACCAUUCUGUUUUUCUUGUCAUUCAUGAUCUUUCAAACAUGUCAUCCAUUGUUCAACCCCAUUUUCUCAUUAAUAUAUUCUUAAAACUUCUUAUUGGCUUAUGUACUCAGCAUGCCACUGAAGUGUCCUAUGGACAAAUAUCAAUGCCUUUUCUAAGUUCCUGUCCUGUUUUGUUUUGUUUUGUUUUUGAGAGAGAGAGAAAGCGAGCAUAUGAGCAGGAGAGGGGCAGAGAGAGAAUCCCAAGCAGGCUCUGCGCUGUCAACAGGGAGCCCAAUGUGGGCCUCAAACUCAAGAAACUUGAGAUCAUGACCUGAGCCGAAAGCAAGAGUUGGAUGCUUAACUGACUGAGCCACCCCCAGGCGCCCCUUGUCCUUGACCCAUAUUUCGCACUGUUGAGUAGGGACCCUGCAUCUCAGGAAUUCUUUUCUUUGGCUUGUGGGAUCUUUUUUGAUCAUUUUCCUCCUAAUUUUUAGCUUUUCUUUAUUAGUCUUUUUUCUCCACUGAAAAUAAUCUCCAUGCCUUGGUUUUAUCCAGUAUUUUUUCUGUAUUUGCUUCUAUUUAUCUAUUUUGAUUAUUUACACUUAACUUCUGUAUUUCAGUACUUUAAUUAUUUACCACCCUAUGGGUCAGUUACCUACAUAAUUUGAUAUUUGGGAACGGAACUCCUCACUCUUGUCCCCCAGCCUACAUUUUUCUUUUAAAUAGGCAUUAUUGCUUAGCUUCUUUACCCUGAAUAGACUCACUGCCCUUCAUAUUUCUUUAUUUUUUUUUUUUUUAAAGUAGGCUCCACGCUCAGGGUAGGGCUCAAACUCAUGACCCUGAGAUCGUGUCCUGAGCUCCUCAGGCGCCCUGCCCUGUCUUGGAGUUGUCCUUUAGUCUUUUUCUGCUCUUCACUGUACGUGUCUCAAAUGUUGCUGAGUCAUUCCAGUUCUCCGUUUUCUCCUUGAGGCUGGAUCUUUUACAUUUCUGCCAUCCCCUGCAGCCUUCUGCAGAGCCAUGUCAUCUGAGGCCCCAGCUGUUGUAAUUCUUUCUUUCUAGUGUCCUUGCUUUCAAGACCCCCUUCAGUAACGCUUCUAAGGUGAUCCUCCUCAAAAUUCAUUUUCGCUCAGAAACACUCAGCAGAUGAUUGCUGUCCCAGCAGCGGUGUUCCAGGUUCUCCCAUGUUUUGCCCUUCAUGUUUCACCUGCCUCAGCCUAAUUCUCUGGCAUACUCACCUUGACUCUUCUUGUUCAAACUUCCGUGGCCUUCCACUGCUGUCUUACAAGCCCUUGCCUCCGUGCCUUUCUCAUGCAAUUUCUUUUGUUUGGAUUGUUUUUUUUUUUUGGCCCCACUUCUUACGCAUCCAUAUCUUCAAAGCCUAGCUUCUUUAUAUCUUCGAGUGGGCUCUCCCUGACUUCACCUCACACUGAGACCUCCCUUGUUCUGUGCUGCCUCAGCACUUACCCUUUGAGUUUGUACUGUGGUCCACGCACUUACUAAUAUGUUGCUUUGUAAUUAUUUUCUAGCUCUCUGUAUUGUAGUUUCACAUUUGUAUUUAUUUUCAGAAUUAAAUUGUAAGCUCCUUGAGGGCAGGAAUAACUUUUACAUUUGUAUCUCUGCACCCCCUAGUGCCUAGUACAGUGCUGAGCACACAGUAGGUGUUUAAUAAAUGCUUGUUGAAUCGUU